AUGUUGCUGACUUUGCAAAAAGACCAAGGCUACAACGAGUACCCGAGCGAUUUCCAGCCAUUUAGCGGACAAAUGUCAUUUUUCCAUCAGACAUUUACAACGACGGAAAACAGCGUUAACUAUCAUCAAAACUUUCAGCAAAAUGAGCGACCAAUACAGCCACAAAUUGCGUCACUGAACAUUAGGCCUCGACGACGCAGGAACUGCCAAAGCCUUGUAUCGACGAUGGAUCCGGUUGCGGUUGCGCGCAGGAAUGAACGAGAACGCAACAGAGUCAAGCAAGUUAACGACGGUUUCAACGAGUUACGAAAAAAGAUUCCUUAUAUUCCCGAGAAAAAGAAGUUCUCAAAAGUUGAGAUUCUACGGUUUGCGAUGAUGUACAUCAAAGAGCUACAAAGAGUUAUUGACGAAGCAGGAGCAAUUGAAGAAACUGACUCAACGUCGGCUGAGGAGACGAUGAGCCACGAAGCUUCAAACAGCACUAUUUUUGAAGAAUCAAUGCCUUAA